AUGCGUGCCAUACUCCCAACCCUGGCUGCUCUCUUCAUCCAACAAACAGUAGCUUCACCACACCAGCUAACAGCACCCCACAAAGCCAACACCAAUACCAACAAAUAUGUAAACUGGCGCACCUUCACCGGCCACGGGGUCAACCUAGGAGGCUGGCUCGAACAAGAAUCAACAAUCGACACGACCUGGUGGGCCACCAACUCCCACGGCGCGAGUGACGAAUGGACAAUGUGCGUCAACCUCGGCAGCGCCUGCUCCUCUGUCUUCGAAGACCGCUACAAAACCUACAUCACCACCGCCGACAUCGACACCCUUGCCCAAGCCGGCGUGACAAUCCUGCGCAUCCCAACAACCUACGCCGCAUGGAUCAAGCUCCCCGGCUCCCAGCUCUAUCACGGCAACCAGCAGAAGUAUCUGCGCAAGAUCGCCCAGCAUGCAAUCACAAAAUACAACAUGCACGUUGUCAUCGACAUCCACAGUCUGCCCGGCGGCACAAACGGCCUAGACAUCGGCGAGGCUGUCGGGCACUGGGGAUGGUACGACAAUAGCACAGCCCUGGAAUGGAGUCUCAAGGCCGUCGAUGCGCUCGUGGAGUUUGUUGCCUCGUCGCCCAAUCCAUGGAGCUACACGAUCGAGCCGAUCAACGAGCCGGUUGAUAAUCGGGAUUUCUCGACAUUCGGCACCCCGGCCGCGCUCUCCGAUAAGGGCGCGAAGUGGCUCGUGAAGUACAUUCGGGCUGUGCUUGAGCGCGUUGAAAAGGUCGAUGCUCGCAUUCCUGUUAUGUUCCAGGGCAGUUUCAAGCCUGAGACAUAUUGGAGUGGGUUCUUUGAGAAGGACCGGAAUUUGGUUUUCGAUGCCCAUCAUUAUUACUUCCAGUAUACGAAUGCGACGUCGGUGAAUCUGCCGACGUUUAUUUGUAAGGAUGCGGCCGAUACCAAGGGGGAUGGGAAGUUCCCAGUCUUUGUUGGUGAGUGGGCUAUUGAGGCGGGUGGGAAUAACACUCUUGCGUUGAGGGGGGAGAAUCUCAAGGCCGGUCUCUCGGCCUGGGCUCAGUACACGCAAGGUAGUACAUAUUGGACGGCCAAGUUCUCCAGCAACGCGACUGUUGCGGGACAGGGAAUCAAGCAGAAUUAUUGGAAUUUUGCCGAAUUCAUUAAGGCUGGGUAUCUAGAUGGAGAUGUCGUGGUCAAGAAUUAUUGCUGA